CAAAACAACAUAUAGCGGUAAACGAACCCACACAUGAGCAGCAAACAAGUUUCAACGCCGUGCGGUCUCAAAAAUCGGGCAAUUGGCCGCCAUGGAGUUCAUUAGCCAUUUCUUGCGAGCGACGAGCAGACGCAGCGCCGCAUUGGGUCCAAUCCUGCAAAGAAAUCGUAGCGAAAUCAUCCAAAAACAAUCUUUGACCAAUCGACAGGCAUUCGGCAGAUACAGAUCCAGCUGCAGCACCAUGGACACCACCGUUCACUCCGCCGGCAUCGAUGAGACCCACCUAGUGCCCAUGAGCGUCAUCCAGCGACCCAUUCCCUCCGUCCUGGACGAGCAGAAGGUGCAAUCUCUGAUGGAAACCAUUAAGAACGAAACCAGCGAGGAGGAGGUGCCCCCCAUCGACCUGCUGUGGAUCUCGGGCAGCGAGGGAGGCGACUACUACUUCAGCUUCGGCGGAUGCCACCGGUUCGAGGCGUACAAGCGGCUCCAGCGGCCGACGAUCAAGGCGAAGCUGGUGAAGUCCACCCUGGGCGAUCUGUAUCACUACAUGGGCUCCAGUGCACCCAAGUACCUUGCCUGAUCUUUGCCGCUGAUCAUUUGUUGUUGUUGUCGUUGUGAAUUUUUUUGUUUUUUUUAUAAGAAAGUCGUGAUUGCUGGAUAAAGUUCGAAAUUCACGGACAAAGCAAUAAGAAAAGCUUUAUUCUUUGUUUUCGUAAAUUUCUUGUUUUUUUUUGGCAAUCGUUAAAUUUGCGUAUAUACUGCGCUUAUCGCUGAACUCUAAAUUUGUUUACCUAAUCUGCCACUGAUACAAAGUAGUAUAAUUGCAACAACAAAGAAGCAAACGCAAAAACAUGCUUAGAUUCGCGUUUGCAUUCUGCAUAUUUGUUAGGUGUUUUUUAAAAGAAAUAAUUGCAUAAUGUUUUAUAAAUUUGUAUGACCCCAUCCGGAGUGUUUCCUUCAGGGUAAUGCUUUGGUCGGCAUUUUAGCCACGGUUGCGAUACUACUUCUACUCUAUGAACAAUUAAAAAGCCUAUACAAUCCUA